AUGUCUACCCAUUCCCCAACCAUCUACGACGCCGUCGUAAUCGGCUCCGGCCAAGCCGGUACCCCUCUCGCAUCCGCCUUCGCAAACGCGGGUCAGAAAACCCUACUCAUAGAACGUACCCACAUAGCUGGGUGCUGCGUGAAUGAAGGGUGCACACCUACUAAGACACUUAUUGCUUCUGGACGCGCUGCCUAUCUGACACGUCGCGGCCAAGACUACGGGAUUCACACGACUAACCUGAUGGAGGAGAACCGGGUCUGGGUUGAUAUGCACAAAGUGAGGCAGCGGAAAAGGGAUAUUGUGGAUAGUUUUAGGGGCGGGAGUGAGAAGAGGCUGAAGGAGGCGGGAGUUGACGUAUUGAUGGGGGAAGCGUCUUUUGUCGGUGCAAAGGAAGUAAAGGUCAAGAUCAAUGAUGGGACGGAGAGGCUCGUUGAAGGGAAGAAGUUCUUUAUUAACGUGGGCGAACGUCCUGCUUCCCCUUCCCUCCUGGGAAUUGAGAAGUUAGGCAAAUGGCAAGUGCUGGAUUCAACCAGUAUUCAAGAGUUGGAUGUAGUGCCUGAGAAAUUAGUUGUGAUUGGGGGAGGUUACGUAGGCGUAGAGUUUGCGCAGUUGAUGUCGAGGCUGGGGGCCGAGGUGACAGUGGUGCAAAGGGGGAGGCAGCUACUGCCGAGAGAGGACCCCGAGAUUGCGGAGAGUUUGAGGAGAAUUUUGGAGGAGGAUGGCUUAGAUAUCAGGCUGGACAGUGAGGUGGUUGGCGUGAAGCUAGUGGAUGGGGAUAGCUUCACUUUGAAAGUCCAGACCGAGGGGAAGGAAGAAAGAGACAGCAUCAAGGGGACACACAUUCUCUUUGCAGCAGGCCGGGUACCCAACACCGAUUUUCUAAACCUGAAAGCCGCGGGAAUAGAGGUGGAUGCCAGGGGGUAUAUUGUGGCAGAUGAAUUCCUCACCACGGCGGCGGAGAACGUCUAUGUCCUAGGGGACGUAAAGGGCCCACCUGCCUUCACGCACAUUUCGUAUGACGACUUUCGCAUCAUCAAGAGGAACCUCCUGGAUACCAAAGAUCAGGUCACCAAACUCAGUACCAAAGGCAGGCUUGUACCGUAUGUAGCAUAUACGGAUCCGCAACUGGGCCAUGUGGGACUGCAUGAAAGUGAAGCGAGGGCAAAGUUCCCGGGCAGGAACGUCCAGACGGCGAAGAUGCCGAUGGCCUAUGUGGCGAGGGCACUGGAGACGGAUGAGAGUAAGGGGCUGAUGAAGGCCGUAGUCGAUGGGGACUCGGGAGAGAUCUUGGGGUUUACCUGUUUGGGUAUUGAGGGUGGGGAGGUCAUGGCUGUGGUACAGAUGGCUAUGAUGGGUGAUAUUGGAUAUCAGAAGUUACAAGAUGCUAUUUGGGCUCAUCCGAGCUUGGCAGAGAGUUUGAACAAUCUUUGGGGCUUCUUAAGUUAA